CUCCAGGUUUCAGCUCCAUCAGGCCCUCCACUCAGAAAGACCGUGUCACUUCCCUUCUACUGCUUUCAUUAGUAUAAGGUUUAUUUUUUAUGUGUGUGUGAGAGAGAAUAUGAGUGUGUGAGUCCACAAAAACCCUGAAACAUGAAGUGUGUGCUGCUGCUGCUGCUGCUUCUGGGGCUCCUGGCUCCCCAUCAGAGCUGCUGUUUUGAAUUUGUGAUUGACGGAGAAUGGGAAGACGACUUGCCAGAAGCCUGGAGUUCUCUGGAUCAUCAGGAGAGGAACAAAAGAGCGAUACUGACCAGUGAAGAGGAGGAGGAAGACUUUCAGGCUGUUCGUGGAGAAGACAUCACUGUCAAAAGCUACAAGGUGGAGAGCCGUAUCACGUCACGUUUUGCUCACACCACCGUCAGGAGCUCGGUGGUCAAUUCAGGACCCGAAGCUCAGAGCAUCGUCUUCAACGUGCAGAUCCCCAAACGGGCUUUCAUCUCCAACUUCACCAUGAAUGUGAACGGCAUCACGUUUGUGGGUUCGGUGAAGGAGAAGACGGUGGCCAGGAACCUGUACGCUCAGGCCAGAUCCAGAAACAAAGCAGCAGGCAUUGUGAGGGCUAAUUCUCAGGACAUGGAGACUUUUAAGACAGAGGUCCACGUUCCUUCGAAGAGUAACAUUGAGUUUGAGCUGCACUACCAGGAGAUGAUGGAGAGGAAACUGGGAUUUUACGAGCAUGUGCUCUACCUGCAGCCUGGAAGACUGGUGCCACACUUCCAGGUGGACGUGUACAUCUAUGAGCCAAACGGUAUUUCUAUGGUGGAAGCACCAAACCUACUUGGGGAUCAGUUUGCAGAAAUGAUUAAAGUUACAUCCUCUAAAGAAAAGGCUCACGUGGUCUUCAAGCCCAACCUGCAGCAGCAGAGGAAGUGUGAGAGCUGCACAGGCAGCGCUGUAGAGGGCAUCUUUUCCGUCAAAUACGACGUCAUCAGAGACACUAACGCCGCAGAGCUGCAGGUUUCAGAUGGUUACUUUGUGCAGUUCUUCGCUCCUUCCAACCUCCCUGCUCUUCCUAAGAAUAUAGUAUUUGUAAUCGACAUCAGUGGGUCGAUGUGGGGCGUGAAGAUGAAACAAACAGUUGAAGCCAUGAAGGCCAUUUUGGAUGACCUUGAGUUGGAAGACUACUUCAGCAUCAUAGACUUCAAUCAUAAUGUACGCUGCUGGAGUGAGGAGCUGGUGCCUGGUUCUGCUAUUCAGAUUGCCGAUGCUAAAAAUUACAUAGAAAACAUCAAACCUAAUGGAGGCACCAACAUUAACGAGGCGCUGAUGAGAGCAGUGCAGAUGCUGGUGAGGGCAUCCAAUCAGGGGCUCAUCAACCCCAGAUCUGUCUCCAUGAUCAUCCUGGUCUCUGAUGGAGACCCCACUGUUGGGGAGAUCAAACUCAGCACAAUCCAGAAGAAUGUGAAGCGAGUGAUGAGAGAAGAGUUCUCCCUCUUCUCACUGGGGAUCGGUUUUGAUGUGGACUAUGACUUCCUGGAGCGAAUCGCUAUGGAGAACAGGGGCAUGGCUCAGAGGAUCUACGCCAACCAUGAUGCUGGCGAACAGCUACGGGCAUUUUACAAGCAGAUUUCCUCUCCCAUACUGAGGAAGAUCGGAAUAACGUUCCCAGAAGAUGCUGUGGCCAACGUGACCCAGAAGACCUUUGAUAAGUAUUUCAAUGGCUCUGAGCUGGUGGUGGCCGGCCGGGUUCUACCUUCAGCGGGAGACACACUGAUCAGCCUCACCUCGGCAAUGGCCUAUAUGGACAUCACUUUGCAGACAGAAGCGGACAUGACCAAGUUGGACAUGCAGCUGAACAAACAGCAGCACUCCUUUGCUGGAUUCGCCAAACAGAUGUGGGCGUACUUGACCAUCAAACAGCUGAUCAGUGAACGGUCUCUGGCUCCAACUGCAGCCAGGAAGAGGAAACUGACCCAGCGGAUCACCGCUCUGUCUCUAGAUCACCAGUUCGUCACGCCGCUCACCGCUCUGCUGGUGGAGAGCGAGGACGGCAGGGAGAGGCUGCUGGCCGACUCCCCGAGGGACCCCAAACAGGGCUGCUGCUCAGGUGUCAUGGGCCCCUCUAAAGUGAACAUGGUCUACGCAACUCCACCCACUCCACCCUGGGUCCACGCCACAACCUCGGCCCCAAAGCAGGCUCAGAAGGGGGACGUGGUCCUGAUGACUUUGCCUCCAAUUGUUAUGAGAGCGACCCCCACUUCAUCGUCCAUCUGCCCAGGAGGAACCUGGACGUCUGCUUCAACAUCGACUCCAAACCGGGUCACAUCCUCAGCCUGGUGUCCGACCCUGGAACAGGUGUCGUGGUCAACGGCCAAUUGAUCAGCACCAAGCAGGUGCAGAAAAACAAACUGAGAACCUACUUUGGUGUCAUCUCAGUCUUCUACCAGCCAGAAGGCAUCAGCGUCACAAUCAGCACCGACCGCAUCACCAUGACCCACGGCAAAAACAGGAACUUGUUCACCUGGAGGGCUUCUGCUGAGAUCUCCCAGCAUGGGGUAAGGAUCUCCAUCGUCAGGAACUCCCAUGUCAUCAUCACCGUUACUGAAAACAUCCAGGUGGAAGUGAUGCUUCACCGUGUGUGGAGGAACCAUCCUGUGAAUGUUGACUUCCUGGGGAUUUACCUCCCCAACAACAACCAGUAUUCUCCACUGGCUCAUGGGCUCAUAGGGCAGUUUUCACAAGAACCUGAGAUGAGUCUGUAUGACAUCCACGAAGGAGCCAACCCCUUGAAGAAGGAGGCCACGAUGGAGGUGAAGGGCAACAAGCUGCUCGUCACCAGGGGCUGGCAGAAAGACUACAGACGUGACCGAAAGCAUGGGUCCAACAUCUUCUGCUGGUUCAUCCAUAACAGCGGAAAGGGAUUCAUCGACGGACAUUACAGCCAAUACAUCGUUCCAGAUCUGAACAGCUUCCUCCAGAUGUUCUGAACACACACAUCCUUAAAAACCCACAACCAUCCACGAUGUGUUUCCUAAUGAUGUCACCUGGGUUUUUCCACAAAGCAGAAAGCAAAUUUAUUGCAUUUAUUUGAACAAAAUUUACAUUUUUAAACAAAAUAUCAAAUUGUUUUUUUUAAAAGAAUCAAACAAAUUCAACAUAAUCUUCUAAACCGGUUUGAUUUCUGAAGCUAGUUGGUUGUUGAAAGUGUCUUUGUACAAAAGCAUCUGGGAAUGAACUCUGACACAGUAGAGUCCCUCAGUUCUACGACUCGAGAUGUUUCAUCUUCAGGCUAGCUUGGAAAAAUCUUCAUAAGCGACGUCCACUCUCUCUCCUUUCUGAUGACCCUGUGAAACAGGAAAUAAAAAAUCAACCCCAAAAACAUCA